GGUGUCCUCUGGAGCUGUGUUUCAGCUGUCCCUGCUUAGGUGGUCGCAGCAGUUAUCUUGAUUCCUGACAUAUGCUGGUGCCCAGCUACUGUUGCAUGAAAGGCAUGAAGAUGCCCGGGCCCUAGUUCUGCAGGUCCAGCCAUGGACUGACUUUGGGUAGAUCUGCAAAGACUCUGGUGCAGACCUAUGUCAGAUGUUGCUUGUGACUGACCCUGGGCGAUCUUUUUGGAGCUCUCAGCAAUCUACACUUGUGGCUCCCUCUACUGGUUUGGUAUGUGAAGUCCAGAGCUGGAGAGGCAGCCUUCGCCAAAGAGUCUUUUGGAGACCCUGAUUCCUUCUACCAUGUAGUUCUGCUAGCCCUAAGGCGGUGUCCUGAUCUGUAUGGCCUACAGUAAUCCUCGUGCCAGGUAGCAUUUUAUGCCAAUCUUGAAUGCCAACAGGAAGUCACUGGACGGGAAACUUCUAAGAUCAUAACUGGGCUGUUGGAGUAACUUGGAAAAGAAGCAAAAAGAAUUGAAACCAUGACAAAAGUUAAAAGAGUUCGGUCCACCUCCCCUCCAGAUGGAGGGUGGGGCUGGAUGAUUGUGGCUGGCUGUUUCCUUGUCACCAUCUGUACCCGAGCAGUGACCAGAUGUAUUUCAAUUUUUUUUGUGGAGUUCCAGACAUACUUCACUCAGGAUUAUGCACAAACAGCAUGGAUCCAUUCCAUUGUAGAUUGUGUGACUAUGCUCUGUGCUCCACUUGGGAGUGUCGUCAGUAACCAUUUAUCUUGUCAAGUGGGAAUCAUGCUGGGUGGCUUGCUUGCAUCUACUGGUCUGAUCCUUGGCUCCUUCGCCACCAGCCUGAAGCAUCUCUACCUCACUCUUGGAGUUCUUACAGGCCUUGGAUUUGCACUUUGCUACUCUCCAGCCAUUGCCAUGGUUGGCAAAUAUUUCAGCAGACGGAAAGCCCUUGCUUAUGGGAUCGCUAUGUCAGGAAGCGGCAUUGGCACCUUCAUCCUGGCUCCUGUGGUUCAGCUCCUUAUUGAACAGUUUUCCUGGCGGGGAGCAUUACUCAUUCUCGGGGGCUUUGUUUUGAAUCUCUGUGUCUGCGGUGCCUUGAUGAGGCCAAUUACUCUUAAGGAGGACCCUACAACUCCAGAGCAGAACCAUGUCUGUAGAACUCAGAAACGAGACUUUAAUCGAGCGUCUCCCUGUUUAAUUUUGACUAAAGAACGAGUGCAGACCUGCCUCUGUUGUUCUCUGCAGCAGGAAUACAGUUUCUUACUGAUGUCAGAUUUUGCUGUAUUAGCCACCUCUGUGCUGUUUAUGGCUUACGGCUGCAGCCCUCUCUUUGUGUACUUGGUGCCUUAUGCUUUGAGUGUUGGAGUGAGCCCCCAGCAAGCUGCUUUCCUUAUGUCCGUGCUUGGGGUGAUUGACAUCGUUGGCAAUAUCACGUUUGGAUGGCUAACCGACCGAAGGUGUCUGAAGAAUUACCAGUAUGUUUGCUACCUCUUUGCCGUGGGACUCGAUGGGCUCUGCUAUCUCUGCCUCCCACUGCUUCAAAGUCUACCCCUGCUUGUGCCUUUCUCCUGUACAUUUGGCUACUUCGAUGGUGCCUAUGUGACUCUGAUCCCAGUAGUGACUGCAGAAAUAGUGGGGACCACCUCUCUGUCGUCAGCACUCGGUGUCGUGUAUUUUCUUCAUGCAGUGCCAUAUUUGGUGAGCCCGCCCAUUGCAGGAUGGCUGGUAGACACAACGGGCAGCUACACUGCAGCGUUUCUUCUUUGCGGAUUUUCAAUGAUAUUUAGUUCUCUGUUGCUUGGAUUUGCUAGACUUAUAAAGAAGAUGAAAAAAACCCAGCUGCGGUUCCUUGCCAAAGAAUCUGAUCCCAAGCUGCAGUUGUGGACCAAUGGAUCGGUGGCUUAUUCUGUAGCUAAUGAAUUAGAUCAGAAAGAUGGGGAAUCUGUGACUAUUGCUGGGCCUGGUUACAACCCCACAUGACCAAUGGCCUUGAGCCGGGGAACCCACAGGGCUGAGAGAGGCGGGACCGCUGGAUUGUACAUAUUGCUAAAGCCUUUUAUUUUGGCAGAAGCAUUGCCUUCCAAGGAAAUUAUUGUUAUUGUUUUGUUAACAUAUUUAUAGGGGGAAAUAGCAAAUAACCAAGCAAGCUGGACUAGCUGAGUUUCCUCAUUUGGGGUUUGUAUUCACAAUGGAAUUCACAUCUUUCAGGCAGUGAGCAUCACUCCAUGGAGAAUAUUAGAACAUAGCUGAUACAAUAGUUGUAAUGAGGAGUAAUUUCAAGGCAUGACCAAAGCAAUGACACUGGGCAGCAGCUUUGUCUCAAGCUGUGUGUCCCUCCAUCUUCCUUCUGUAGUUAGAAGGAUAAAAGGAAACAUUGAUAUGUAGGUUUGCUUACUUUACGCUGUUUGGAGAAGGGGGUCAGCUUGGGUGUGGUAGUGGAAGGUGAAGAUUCCAAACCUUUUUCAUAGCAGAGCUUCUCAUUAGGGUUUUAAACAGGGUUGUUGAAGAAUACUUUAGAUUCUUCAGAAGGCAGUGAUUAAUACCGAAUGGGAGUGACUUUCUCCCCCUUCUUCCCCUGCCUUUACUCCUUAGCCACUCCUUGCUCUUGGCAAUGGGUAGCCACCACUUCGAGAAUCCAAAGAAUCAUGGAAUGCCAUGGUUAGAAAUGACCUUAAGGGUGGCUGGUAAGAUCUUCUAUUUGAAAUUGUGAACUGGAAACUGAAAGCUUUUUCCUGUUACUAUCACAUGCAAUACUUAGGUCAAAUUUAGCAUAACACACCAAGUUGCAAGGACAGUUUUUACCUGAAAUGUCAACAUCAACACUUCCUAUUUUUUUCCCCUUGGAAAAAAAGCUCUUACUUAAAUUGCAGACAUAUUUCUGUUAAGGAAUGGAAAAAUGUUGGCAGUAUUCCAACUGGCCAAGAGUUGAAUUCUUGAAUCAGCAGGUCUCUGGUGUUUUCUUUACAGAUGAGACAUUUAGGUCCAUCAUUACCCAAAAUAGGAUUUGGGGGUUUUGCCUGAAAAAUACUAUUCUAGAGAUAUUCUAAAGGUGAGACUCCUAUCUCCUGUGUUACUUCCUGUUCAUUUGUCCACUAUUCAUCUCUUCAUGGAUAAUUAUUAGAAACUUGGUGGACCUUUUCAUCAGAAUGGUAAGGCAACGGGGGUCAACCUCAGCGCCACAGCACUCUCAAAAACUAUAGUUUGGUCAGGGGAGAGGGAGGAGAAGGUUAAGAAGGCUAGAAGUGUGAUAUUUCACUGGCCCUGAACAGGGAGCUCAGUUAGUUAGAGCAUGGUCCUGAUAUACCAAGGUUGCAGGUUCGAUCCCUGGUCAUAGCACAUAAGAAUCAACCAAUGACCGCAUAAGUAAGUGGAACAACAAAUCAAUGUUUCUCUCUCUAAAAAUAAAAAAAAAAAAAAUCAAUAAAAAUUUAUUAAAAUAAAAACAAGAGAGCUAGUAGUGUGAUAUUUUACAGUUUGUAGAACACUUUCACAUACCUUAACAGAUUAGAACAGUUUACUAAUUCCCAAAUACUCUACUUUCCAGUGGUCUGUGAUAACUUCUGAGUCUUCAGAUUGAAGAGGGAAGGCAUGGGGAGAGAAGAGAUGGCCCGAUCCCCCAGUCUGUCUCUAACUAUUUUAAAUACACAGAAUGAUAAUCCUGAACCCCAGAUUAUGUUGCACUUGUAUAUAUGGGCAUGUUCUCCAAUUGAAAGGAGAUUUUAAUUAUUUAACAUAUUUAAAUCUGAGUUUCAAGGAAAUAUUUUGUCCCCAAAGGCCUUUUAAUCCACUGUCCCCCAAGAGGCCUCACAAAUGCUAUGCCAGGGGUGAGAGAAAAGCACAGCAGUGAGGAAGCUACUAGGUUGACUAA